GUUCGUAUGACAUUUAUAAAUUUUUGCUGUGUUGUGUUACUGCAUUUCUCUGCGAUCUAGCCGCAUUGUAUUCAUAUUUCUUGUAAUUUCCCGUACAUAAAUACUAUAAAAUAACAGCAUGGAUCGUUUAUUACGCUUAGGUGGUGCAAUGCCACAGGCUCCACCACCAACAGAUGCGCCCGUUGUGGAUACUGCUGAGCAGGUAUACAUCUCAUCUUUGGCUUUGUUAAAAAUGUUAAAACAUGGUCGUGCUGGCGUACCUAUGGAAGUUAUGGGUUUGAUGUUGGGUGAAUUCGUCGAUGAUUACACAGUGCAAGUCAUUGAUGUAUUCGCUAUGCCACAAACUGGUACUGGCGUUUCGGUAGAAGCGGUUGAUCCCGUGUUUCAAGCCAAAAUGUUGGAUAUGUUAAAACAAACCGGUCGUCCAGAAAUGGUGGUCGGCUGGUAUCACUCGCAUCCUGGUUUCGGCUGUUGGUUAUCUGGUGUAGAUAUUAACACACAACAGUCUUUUGAAGCAUUAUCAGAGCGUGCUGUUGCUGUUGUCGUUGAUCCUAUUCAGUCGGUAAAGGGUAAAGUGGUUAUCGAUGCAUUCCGUCUGAUCAACCCCAAUAUGCUUGUACUGGGACAAGAACCCCGCCAGACAACCUCGAAUUUGGGUCAUCUGCAGAAACCUUCCGUUCAAGCUUUAAUACAUGGACUGAAUCGGCAUUACUACUCGAUAAGUAUAAAUUAUCGUAAGAAUGAAUUGGAACAAAAAAUGCUGCUUAACCUGCACAAAAAAUCAUGGAAAGAUGGUCUCACCUUGGCUGACUACAAUGAACAUUGUGCGAUCAAUGAGAGUACAGUACUGGAAAUGCUUGAGUUAGCUAAGAAUUACAACAAAUCGCUCGAAGAUGAAGAGAAAAUGACCCCAGAGCAACUAGCCAUCAAAAAUGUCGGUAAACAAGACCCCAAACGGCAUCUGGAGGAAAAAGUCGACAAGGUUAUGCAAAAUAACAUUGUGCAAUGCCUGGGCGCCAUGCUCGAUUCAAUUGUAUUUAAGUAAGCCGUUUUGUUCAUUUUGCAUUUGACUUGAAUUAUACACAAGAGCAUAAAACUAAAAGCUGAACUUAAUAGUUCAACAAACUAAGCAUUACUGUAUUUUUUUUAAAUAACAAAUCGUAAAUUAAAUAAAACAUGUAGAAAUGCUUUCAUAUUUGACCGA